ACUCUGAAAAACGUCAGUAGUGUGGUGAAGAGUAAAAAUUACGAAUAAAUAUUUUUUUUAAAUAAUAAUUUCCAGGAUAUUCAGGAGACAAUGACCACAGAUUGGCACUGCAUUGAGAAAACAGCCCUCAAUGUGAAGGCUCCACCACGAAUUGAUUGCACUGAUGUGCAUCCUCUGAAACAGGCAACGGUUACCAUGCUGGAGAGCAAGGGAACACGAAACCGUAAACCUUCCAGUGCUUCCGUUAUUGCAAUCAUUGAUCCGUGUGAAGCAUUCGAUGGAUCAGAUCCACUGAGUCAGUUUGCAAGGCAGGCAUCACUGGAAGUUGAUCCCUUGUCGCAAAUAGCUGCAGAUUACGAGCUGGGAGCCAAAGAAACUGACUCCCCGCUCGAGGAAGCAAUUGAACCAUGGAGCUCCCGACGAUCAGCAAUCCUAAGUAAAUACACAACAGCCGAACGUCUCUCCAUUGUGACAAGUUUUGUAUCUGGAAGUGAAUCCAUUAAGAGCCAAACAACAAUGACGGAGAAGAUAAAGCAUAGACUGGAGCAACUUGAUGACUUUGCCGAUGGAUCAUAUCAUCUGCAGGAUGUCACGCAGCAGGAGUAUGUGUUGAGAAUUGAGCAAUUUAAUCAGGAAUUAGUACAGGCGUGGAACAAUGAUCAUCGCGUAACCGCCCUUAAAAUUGCUAUUCAAUGCUCAAAACUCCUCGCGGAUACCUCAGUAAUGCAAUUCUAUCCAAGUCAGUUUGUCCUCAUAACUGACAUCCUUGAUAUCUUUGGGAAACUCGUCUAUGAUCGAUUGAAAAUCAAAGCGGGACAUACAAAUUCUGGAAGAAUGAGUUCUAGUGCUUCGGCAAAUAAUGUUACCGCAGAGAUGGCCAAGGAGACGUGCCUCAAUUGGUUCUACAAAAUAGCAUCGAUUAGGGAACUUCUGCCGCGUUUCUACGUUGAAGCAGCCAUCCUCAAGUGCUACAGCUUCCUAACAUCCACGGAGUUUAAUCAAGCUCUGCUACGUCUCACAAGGAUUAUUCGUGGCAUUGGAGAUCCUCUCGUGUCCAUCUAUGCUCGCUGCUACCUCUGUCGCGUUGGCAUGACCGUCACAUCGGAUAAAGAGUACAUCCGGGAGAAUCUUACGGACCUCUUCGCUGUCUACUACACGAUGUUUAAUCCACGAUUGAAGAAUGAACUAACCCGUCAGCGCCUAGAAAUGCCCACAUAUCUCAGUCUCUACAUUCCAGCACUUGACUGGAUAAUGCAGGGAAUGGCAGUUCACACCCCGGACACAGUUCUCGAUGAAAUCUUGACCAAAUGCUUAGCACAGAAGAACAAUGGACUCCUCCUGAACUCCAUCGUGACUUCUUUUAGUUGCAACUUCAUUGCAUUGCGUGCCACAAAGAUUGUUCAUGCUGUCCAGGAGAAUUGGGAUGCAGAUGGAUUCCCGCAAGCACAGCUUCUUCGUAAUUUGGGAUCAUCCCUCGUGAUGGCAACAAUUGACCCGGAGGAGAAGCAGCAACUCUGGGCAGAUGCAAUGAAACUCAUUGGAUCCAUUCAGAAUCCAGGACAUUUUAUUCAAGCUAUUGAAUCCUGGGCUGAAUACACGAGUUUAGCGUACAAUUUGGGUCAUGUAGCUGCCAUCCUGGAUGAUUUGUUAACCCACAUGGGGCAGAAUCGUGUCUUUGAGCAUCACUACCCAGAACUUCAGGCAGUUAUGGAUAAAAUUGUUCACAAUACCAAAGAUCUGGAAGGAUUGCUUACACUUGACAACUUUAUGCCCGUCCUGGAUCUCUUCCAGAAGGAAUCUGUCAAGUUGGAUGUAUGCCGUAGCAUUAUGUUGGUGUACAAGGAUAAAAUUGAAACAAAAACCAGCGAUCCUGUGACCACCAAUGCUCUCAUGUACAUUUGCAAGGUGCUCAAUGACUCUGUAAACGCCCUCACUGUUGAGGAUGAAAGACGCCAAAUUGGAGGCUUAAUAAGUCACAUGAUAAAGCAGGUGAAUUUCGGGAGAGAUUUUGAGUCUCAAUUGGCCUUCUACGUGGAUGCAAGAGCAACAUUCCUCAAUCUGGACACAGUCUACGCAACCCUCAUUCACUGUGUCAAUAAUUUAGCCAUGGAGACACGUCGAAUGGUUCGUGGACAGCAUUCACGAAAGACAGGAGCUUUUGUCCGUGCAUGUGCUGCUUAUUGCUUCAUUACCAUUCCCAGUAUUGUGGCUGUUGCAACGAGAAUGAACCUCUAUUUGGUAUCCGGGAAUAUUGCGCUGCAAAAUCUCUGCCUGGGGCAGGCUGAUUCAUGCUUCGAAGCAGCCAUCCAGCUAAUCCCUGAACUUCCGGCUGUCAUUGAAGUUGAGGGAAAGGUGAAGAGUAACGAAAUGUACCUAAGUGGGUACAUUAGCUCCCUCCUCUCCACACUUCUCAUCACUCCAGAUAGCCCCAAUCAGGGUGUUCUCUACCUCCUGAGACUUCUUCUGGAGAAGAUACGGAAGUACCCUUUCGACGAAACAUACUCCCAAUGCGAAGCAACACUCGUGGAAAUUUAUCUAAACAUCUUGGAUAUGCUCUCAACAGCAGCACAAGAAUCCUAUCCAUAUCACAUUCCCGGAAUUGUGUCAAAUGACGAACUCUACGGGUCAGAUGGGAAGUUUAUUGCUGAAGUCGACGUUCUGUGUAGUAAAGUAGCUGAUCAGAUACUCAUAAAUCUCAAAGCUCUCGCUGAUAAAGGACAAUUGAGGAUACAGAGUAAUCUGGCAUUGGAGCUAUUUGUACGCAUUGUCCGAAGUACGGAUCUCACGCGAGACAAGCAAUACACACUGGCUGUGAAUUUGUGGAAUCUCGUGACGAGGAAUAAAGCUCAGCUGGAUGGAAAAUUGCUCGCAGGUACCCUUGCAAUGGUGGAGCAAACAAGGAAACUUCAUGGGAACACACUGAUGGGAAAACGGUUCGAGGAACUCGCAAUUCGAAUGAGAAAUAAACUUUACAAUUAAAUCAAAAUUAUAAUUAUUAUAUUUUGUAGUUAUAAAGCCAAUUUUGCAUUUUUUCCUAAAGAAAUGGAGGAAUAAAUUAAUUUAGAAAAUUAAAAA